AUGGCAUAUUUUCCGUGCUCCAAUUACAAUCAUAAAAUGCCAUUGCCAUCCGCUACUCAUCUCAAUCUCAUAGCAUUGUAUAGAGAGGGUCAGUUAAAGGAGGCGCUGCACAUUCUGCUUACAACAAACAAUCCCCCUGGAGACUGUUUUACAUAUCUUCAAUUAUUGCAGACCUGCAUUCUGAAGAAAACGCUUUCACAUGGGAAAAAUGUCCACUCUUUCAUCGCUCACACCCGAUUUGAGUUUUCUACACGCACAACCUUUCAGAAUAAGCUUAUUGACAUGUAUGUCAAGUGUGGAAGUUUGGUUGAUGCUCGAACAGUGUUUGACCAAAUGAAAAAACCAGACAAUGUCUCAUGGAAUACGAUUAUUGCAGCAUACAGAAGACAUGGGUUUCCUCACGAGGCAGUUACUCUGUUUCACCAAAUGCAACGAACAGGUUUUCAACCCGAUCAGUUCACAUUUGCCAGCGUACUUCCAGCCUGUGCCAAAAUGAGAGCGUUGGAACAGGGAAUGGACAUCCAUCAAAGCAUAAAGGACAGAGGGUUUUCGUCAGAUGUUGUAGUUGCAACUGCCCUGGUAGACAUGUAUGCGAAAUGUGGAAGCAUGCACAAGGCUCGUGAACUGUUUGACAAAAUGCUUCAAAGAGACGCGGUCUCAUGGAAUACAAUGAUUGCAGGAUCUGUACAAAAUGGAUUUGUUGAAAAGGCCUUGGAAUUUUAUAAGCAAAUGCAACAGGCGGGUGUGAAGCCAGACUCCACAACCUUUUCCAGCAUACUCCCUGUCUAUGCUCAAAUGGGAGCUUUGGAACUGGGUACAGCCAUCCAUGAAAUCAUAAUUGAAAGUGGGUUUUUCUCAAAUAUUGUAGUGGGGAAUGCUCUAGUAGAUAUAAUGCCUCGUAGGGAUGUCAUUUCGUGGAAUGCCAUGAUUUCAGGAUAUGCACAAAAUGGUGUUCUUGAUGAAGCUGUAAGGCUUUUUAAAGAAAUGCCUCAGAGAAAUGUGGUUUCAUGGAAUGCCAUUAUAGCAGGAUAUGCACAAAAUGGGUUUAUUGAAGAGGCAUUAGAGGCAUUUAAGAAAAUGCAAUUGGGAUAUGCACAAAAUGGACUUGUUGAGAAGGCCUUCGAAACUUUCCAGCAAAUGGAAUUGGCUGGUGUAAAGUCAAAUUCCACAACCUUUGCCAGUAUCCUUCCGGCCUGUGCCAAAAUAGGAGCCUUGGAACUGGGUAUGGAUAUCCAUCAACGGAUAACGGAAGAGGGAUUUUCGUCUGAUGUUGUAGUUGCAAGAUAUGCACAAAAUGGAUUUUCCAAGGAUGCUCUCAAAAUCUUUGAAUUGAUGAAGUACUCUGGAACAUAUCCUAACACUGCAAGCUUUGCUUCUGUUAUAUUUGCAUGCAGCCAUGCAGGUUUAGUGGAUGAAGGCUGUACAUACUUCAGUAACAUGAGUACCCCUUAUUGCCUAACACCUACAAUUGAUCAUUAUGUGUGCAUGGUUGACCUUCUUGCCCGUGCUGGCUAUCUUGAGAACACCUUAAAUUUUAUCAUUAAGAUGCCAGUUAAACCUGUGGUGGUUGUGUGGAUGUGUUUUCUUGGUGCCUGUAGAUCACAUAUGAAUAUAGGCUUAGGAGUGUUUACAGCGAUGCUGCUUUUUGAUUUGGAUCCUAAAAAUGCGGCGACUUAUGUUCUUCUCUCAAACAUCUAUGCAGAAGCAGGCCAGUGGGGUGAGGUUCAAAUGGUAAGGAGGUUGAUGAAAGAUAGAGGAAUUAAAAAGAUCCCUGGAUGUAGUUGGGUUGAUGGCCAUAAAAUGGUACAUGCUUUUUGUGUAGGAGAUAGAUCACACCCACACACAGAGGAGAUCUAUUCAAAGUUGGAGAAAUUGGCUUAG